ACUGUUCCAGCUGAAGGGCGCGGCGCGGCCAUCCCGCUGUACAGCGUGCACGGGCACCCGCUGGACCUGCGCCAGCUGGUGGUGGCGGGGCGCGACAAGUUCGUGCGCGUGUACGACCGGCGCAAGGCCAGCAAGCCGCUCGCCCUCUACUGCCCCUCCGGCUUCACCGAGGACAAUACCAACACAAAGAAGAAGAUGCGUCUGUCCAUGAUGCACCUCACGUGCGCCAUCUACAAUCACGACGGCACCGAAAUCCUCGGCUCUUACAACGAUGAAGACAUCUACCUGUUCAAUACCAAAAUGAUGUUCACGUCAAAGGCGACACCAACCAGGAGAAGGAUGGCUACACGCACCGCUACACCGGACACCGGAACAGCGCCACGUUCAAGGGCGUGGCGUUCUUCGGCCCCAGGAGCGAGUACGUCGUCUCCGGCUCCGACUGCAGCCACAUCUACAUCUGGGAGAAGAAUUCGGAGGCCAUCGUGCAGUGGCUGCAGGAGAUGUUAA